CAGGUAUGAUGAUGUCAAACGUGAUGCUGAUGCUACAGUUACAGACACGGCCCCUGCUGGCGCAGCCUCUCUGAUUCUGAUCAUUCUCUCUCUCUCUCUCUCUCUCUCUCUCCCUCCCUCCCUCCCUCCCUCUCUCUCUCUCUCCCUCUCUCUCUCCCCUCCGCGUCCAGCGCUGGGCUUUUUCAGACAAGUGCAUCUCCCAACCAGGUCACAUUUCAGCCACAACACACCCGCCGCCUAUCACAGGAGUCAGAGCGCAGCCACAGGACCGAGGACGCCGGCCGGCGGCGUAGCUUCGCCCAUUGCAGGGAGCGAGGGAGGAUCGGGAGAGACUGCGGGAGCCGAGCCCCCCGGGUCCGGCCCAGACCACGAUGCGCGCUCCGGGGUGCGGGCGCCUGGCGCUGCCGCUGCUGCUGCUCCUGUCCGCGGCCGCCCUGGCCCAAGGCGACGCCAAGGGGCUCAAGGAGGGCGAGACCCCUGGCAACUUCAUGGAGGACGAGCAAUGGCUGGCGUCCAUCUCGCAGUACAGCGGCAAGAUCAAGCACUGGAACCGCUUCCGAGACGAAGUAGAGGAUGACUACAUCAAGAGUUGGGAGGACAACCAGCAAGGAGAUGAAGCCCUGGACACCACCAAAGACCCCUGUCAGAAGGUGAAAUGCAGUCGCCACAAGGUGUGCAUUGCCCAAGGCUACCAGCGGGCCAUGUGCAUCAGCCGCAAGAAGCUGGAGCACAGGAUCAAGCAGCCUGCCCUGAAGCUCCAUGGAAACAAAGACACCGUCUGCAAGCCCUGUCACAUGGCUCAACUUGCAUCUGUCUGUGGCUCUGAUGGCCACACUUACAGCUCAGUGUGUAAGCUGGAGCAGCAGGUGUGCCUGAGCAGCAAACAGCUGACAGUAAGAUGCGAGGGUCCCUGCCCCUGCCCUACGGAGCAAGCUGCCACCUCCACCACCGAUGGCAAACCAGAGACAUGCACCGGGCAGGACCUGGCUGACCUGGGGGACCGGCUGCGGGACUGGUUCCAACUCCUUCAUGAGAACUCCAAGCAGAAUGGCUCAGCCAGCAGUGGAUCUGGCCUGCCCAGAGGUCUGGACAAGAGUCUGGGGGCCAGCUGCAAGGACUCCAUUGGCUGGAUGUUCUCCAAGCUGGACACCAGUGCUGACCUCUUCCUGGACCAGGUGGAGCUGGCUGCCAUCAAUCUGGACAAGUAUGAGGUCUGCAUCCGCCCCUUCUUCAACUCCUGCGACACCUACAAGGAUGGCCGGGUCUCCACCGCUGAGUGGUGCUUCUGCUUCUGGAGGGAGAAGCCCCCCUGCCUGGCAGAGCUGGAGCGCAUCCAGAUCCAGGAGGCUGCCAAGAAGAAGCCAGGGGUCUUCAUCCCAAGCUGUGAUGAAGACGGCUACUACCGGAAGAUGCAGUGUGACCAGAGCAGUGGCGACUGCUGGUGUGUUGACCAGCUGGGCUUGGAGCUGACUGGCACCCGUACACACAGAAGCCCUGACUGUGAUGACAUUGUGGGCUUCUCUGGGGACUUUGGCAGCGGCGUUGGCUGGGAGGAUGAGGAGGAGAAGGAGACAGAGGAAGCAGGCGAGGAGGCCGAGGAAGAGGAGGGCGAGGCAGGCGAGGCGGACGACGGGGGUUAUAUCUGGUAGAUGGCUGAGGGGGAGCUGGGCCAGCAGAGACCAGGACAAAGCAGGCAGCUUAGUGAAUGGAUCCGGAAAGGACUGUCAAAAGGACCCUGGCUUCAAAAGGGAGAACUGGGUGUGUGAGUGUGCAUGGUGUGUGUGGUUCAUGUGUGUGUGCACGUGUGGCAUGUAUUGACAGAUAUGUCCUUGGCUCACACUGUACCUGGCAGUGAGUUGUCCAGAAGCCCCAUUUGGCCUUCUUGUAGUUGUUUCAUUUCUAUUUGUUGUGGAUUUAAAAAAAAAUAUAUAUAUAUUCACACAUAUAUACAGUACCACAAGGUAAAAAGGAAUGAAUUCUACUCACAACCCCUGGCCCCAUCUAAACUCAACUGGAUGGUCUUGUCCUGAUGUGAAAUUUGCUAUUCACAGCUCCACCAGCCUCUGACCCCUGCCUGCCCUUCUCCCUCCUCCUUCUGGAGUCCAGCUCUAGCUUGUGGGUAUGUCCUCAGUGCAGAGGGGAGGGAGGGCAUCCAGCUCUCUACUUGACAGCGUCAGGGGGGUCAUCAAGUGGGGGUGAGAGAGGUGUGUGCCCUAGAAGCUGAACUAGUUUGGCUGUGACACCCUGCCAGUCUCCACUGAGCUGCACUGGUUCACCUUCCACAGCAAGCCCUGCCCCUUUGCUGAAUUCCUCAGUGCUCUGGCAACCCUCCUACCCUGAGCCAGUGUGGCGGGAGGUUGCCAGGAAUGAGCAUGGGGGCAGAAGCUGAGAGGCAGGGAAUGGGGAAGACCUGGCCAGUGUUGCCUGUGGUGAAGCAGGGCAGAAGGGGCCGACUCAUCAUAGAGAGUCUGCUAUCACAGGCUGAGCGCUGGGGACAGGGUAGUCCUGAAUGUCUAACCCCAGCCCAGUUCAGCCCCUUCCUGGGUGUCAGGUGGUGUCCUGGCCUGGGCUGCUUCUUGCAGGUGGUGUGUAUGCAGGUGACCUCUGCUUGGCCUCAUGGGGCGAGGCCCUGCCCUGCCCCCUCCCUAGCCCCCCUCACCUGCUCUGAGUCAUGGAUGAGGCAGCCCUUGAAGAUCCGGGACCGUGGACAGGGGUGGGUGUAUGUGCCACCUCCUCACCUCAACCCUUAACUUGAAAUGCUUCCCUCUGAACAGUUGUCCCAGAAGCCUUGUGAGGGAGGAGCAGUGGGGAGAUGCAUCCUUCCUGCUUUCUCUGAAACCAGGAUCUCUCUCUAUCGCUUCCCUCAAAAAAGAGGACCCACAAACCUAAACUCCUGAAGUUUCCCUUUGUCUCCUCUGAGGGCACCAUAAGAUUACUGAACAGCCUCUUCCAGGCUCUGCAGUGUUCAGGAGCUGUGAAAAGCCAAAGGCCAUGGGCCUGGGGAAGCCAGGCUUCAUACCUUGUGAUUCCCCAAUCUCCCUGUCAGGGUGAAUGAGAAAAUGUCUCAUGUCCUUCACCUCCACCCCCAAUCUUUCCAGUUCUCCUAUUGAAGCAAAUCUCUUAAUAGCUUGGUUAAAAAAUUCUUGCUAGUACUGGGGCUUCUGAAGUUCAUAGGUGUAUGCUGAGUGCUGUGUGUGUGUGUGUGUGUGUGUGUGUGUGUGUGUGUGUGUGUGUGUGUGAGAGAGAGAGAGUAAGUCAGUCUAUGGGCCAUUUCUGGGGCCUGGGAUGUGAGGAGAUGCCGUAUGCGUUGAGUGGGCUGCAGGAUGAGGGGCACACACCACACAAUGAGGUUCCCUGGGAUGGUUCCCAGCCUGGCUCUCCCCAGCUUGUGCAGCACCUGCUGUGUCUGUUGGACUUAAUGGAAGAACUUCACCCAGCCCGCCGCCCCUUUGCUCCACCAAGGAAUCAACAACAUCCAAGUCCUCUCUUGAGGAAAAUAAUGAAACUCUAAUUAGUUCCAUAAACUGCUUCUUAAUCCGCAGCACAGCCCUGACCGUUAAGGUGUCGCUCUGUUCCAGAUCCCCCAUGUGCUCCUGUGCCCUGCCCUGCCUGUUCCCUCUCCCUGUGGCCCCAGCUCAGUUCAGGGAGAGGUCCUCUGCUCUCUUGAGUAGCAGCUCCUCUCACUCAGAGCUACUUGAAACUUUCUGCUCUCGCUAGGGUUGAAGUCUCUUCCCUCUGCCCCAGCUCAGAUGUCUGUACCUGCCCUUCUGGGGGAGGUAUCUCUAGAAGAUUCUGGGGCCUCUGGGGGUGGAGGUGAGCAGAGAGGAAGGGGCCCCUGUACCCUCUUACUGCUUCCCUCCUGGGAGCACAUGCUCCCUCUGCGUCUCUGGGUCCUUCCAGCUGCGCACGUUUUUACGACCUUGUAAAUAUGUUGUAGAAAGAAAGUGAAAGACACUGAGCUAGAGUCUGGAGGGACUGCAGGGGGCUGGCCUUGUCCUGUGUCUGAAACCCUCACUCUUGCUCUUCACUUCUGUCUCUGAGACUGGGGCCACCUGGAGACAGGCAAAAGCAGUGUGACCCUGAGGGCUUGCAAGCCUUAAGUGACUGCUCAGCAGAGCAGCCCUGUGCUUCUUCCUGGAUGAGGCUGCAGCUCCCCACCCGCAAGUCCUGGAUUCACGCCCUGGACUAAGCUACCUGCCUCUGGUCCAUCCCAUGUCUCUCUCUUUGGAUGUCUUGUCCUCCUGCCCCUGCUGCCCUGGCUCAGACUGGUGGAGCAGUGCUGAAGCAUGCUCAAUGGGAAGUUUGGAAGACCAGCUCCUUGCUUGACCCCAGAGCUUCCCUGGGGUCCCCUAGCACACACAGGUGCUGGGAGAGGUGGGGAUGUCGAGGAGGGGGUGGCUUUGAGUAGCAAAGAAUAAAUGUGCCUUGAGAGACCACUCAGAAUGGGUCCAAGGGUGAUACUGGGGAAGGGGCACAAAGAAGUGGGGGGCGUUAAUGAGUGUGGAUGGGACGUCCUGACUGCCCCCUGCUGUCCUGCUAAGGCUGUGACCACCUGUGGGAAGAGGGCGCGGUGUGUGUGUGGGGGGUCAAACGUCCUUCCCAUGCCCACCUGCUCUCGGUGAGCAGGCCACCUGCUCAGCCUUCCAUGUGCCCAUUUGCUUCCAGAGUUCACCUCUGAGUGGGUGGGGCCCGUCAGUAUCCAUGUGGGAACUUUCCAUUUCACCAGAGCUUUGCCCCCAGCCCUUAGGGAGAAGGAAUGACUAGUCCAUGGACACCUGCCCUGACAGGGAGGCCAUGGGCUGGCAGGGGUUCAAAGGGAAGAGACACAGGGGCAUGGGGGUACAAGAAGAGACUCGAGACGUCCUGAGCAAGCUGCUUUAUAGCCUGAAGCUACUUAAACUGUGUUAUGUGCAAUAACUGAGCUUAGAGUUAAGAAUUGUGUUCAAGUGCUUGGGUUUCCGUCUGUAUAUUUAAGUGCUGAAAUCGUAUCUCUAAGUAAUUCUAGAUGUCUUUAAAAAAUACUCGAAAAACCAA